CCCCGCCCCUCCUCCUCCCUCCUUCCCACUCGUCUUUUGCCAUGUCGUCCUCCGUCUCCUCCGAGACCCCCAAGAAGCCCACUCAGACCUCGGCCUCUCGCCGUAAGGCGCAGAAGUCCUCCACCUUCUCGCUGGAGGCUUUCCAGACUACCCCCUGCUGGGAUGGCGAGGUCGAUGACCGCCCCAUGCUUGAGUCCGAGGCCCAGCCCAUUCGCUCGACUGAGCAGCUCAGCCACCAGCUUCACAAUGCCAGCCUGAGCGGUGGGCGCCAUGGCGGCCACCAUCACCACCACCGCCGCGGCGGUGACCACGGUGGCGAUGGCUUCAGCCGGUCGGACAUGAGCCGCCAUGGUGACGGGCGCUUCCCCCCGCCCGGCGGUCACUCCCACCACCACCACCACCAGCACCACCCGCGCGGUGGGGACCGCUUCCAUGACGGGCACUUCGAGCGCGGCGAGCAGCAGCACCAGCAGCACCACUAUGACGACCGCAACGCCGGCGCUCACCAUGCCCCGGCGCAUGCCCCCUUCCACCCGCACCAUGGCGGCCAGCACCACGCACCGGCGCACCACUACGACGAUCGCCGCCAGUUCGAUGACCGCCGGCACUACGAUGAUCGCCGCCAGUUUGACGACCGCCGGCACUACGACGACCGCCGCCAGUUCGAUGACCGCCGGCAUUAUGACGAUCGCCGCCAUGCCCCCUCGCACUACGACGAUCGCCGCCACAGCCCCUCGCACUAUGACGACCGUCGCCAGCACUAUGACGACCGCCGCUCGGCCCCCAUGCGCGAUGGUGUUGCGCCCCUCAUGCGGUCCAGCUUCCGCGCGCAGCCCUCUCGCCCCUCGGGCCCUCCGCCUGUGCCCGCUUCGCCGCCCUUCGUGACCUUCGUCCGUGGCUUGCCGGAGGGCACCACGCCUGAGGAUAUUGAGCACUUCGCCUCGCCGCACGCUGUUUCCAAUGUCAACAUUUUCCAGGUCAAGUCUUCCUUGUGCUGCCGCUUCGAGGUCGAGUCUGCCGACGCUCUCUCUCACAUCAUCGGGUCUCGCAACAACACCCCCUUCCGCCUUGACAUCCCCAACAGCCCGAUCGUCUUCGUCGAGCCGGCUCGCAUUACCCCCCCUCGCGAGCCCAUUGCCUGGCGCCCUGCCAGCGGCUCCGCCACCACCCCGGCCCCCGCUCGGACCACCACCUACAUCAGCAGCUCCUCGACCAACCCCUUCGGCCAGGCGCGCCCGGUCGACACGGCCAAGGCGUACAUGGGUUCCACGACGCCAAAGGUCGAUGCCCCUGACGGCAGCGCCGAGACCGCCGACGAGUCUGAUGCCGCCCCCCCGGCCACCGCCAACUGAGGGGGACCAGCAGCGUGCAAAUGAACGAGAGCCUGGGAGACCCGGGCAUGCGGCCACCCGGCGGGUGGCGGGCUUCCCCUCUGUCCUCGCCUCCCUCCUCCUCCUGCUCUCCUCCGUCUUU